UAUAAAUGCCGGCUAUAUAACCUUUUACGCCUGUACUACGCAUAUCUACAAUAAUUGUCACUAUUUAUAAGACAGUGUUAUUGAAAUCAUUUGCUAGUAAUAACUUACGUAAAUAACCAAGUAUUUUAAUUGUCAUAUGAAAAUAAUUCUUUGCGCAUGGUUAAAUCAAAUUUUAUUCUUCAAGUACCAACAAAUAUGGAAAAUAUUUUGACAGAUUCAAGUACUACGGAUUCUCAACAGAAUCCCAUUGUUUUUCUUGACAUAGCAAUAGAUAAUGAAAAAAUUGGAAGAAUAAUUAUCGAAUUAUUUAAGCAUAUUACACCGCGGACUGCAGAAAAUUUUCGCGCACUCUGUACUGGAGAAAAAGGUAUUGGAAUUAAUGGUAAAAAAUUAUGUUACAAAGGAUCCGUUUUUCAUAAAAUUGUGCCACAAUUUAUGAUCCAAGGGGGUGAUAUCAUAAACUUUGAUGGAACUGGUGGUGAAAGCAUUUACGGAGCACAUUUUGAAGAUGAAAAUUUUAAAGUUCAACAUUCUGAAAAGGGCCUUCUUAGCACAGUCAACAAAGGAAAACCACACACAAAUAAUUCACAGUUUAUUAUAACGACUGAAACUAGUGGUCAUUUAAAUAAUACCAAUGUUGUAUUUGGUAAAGUUUUGAGAGGAAUGGGUAUUGUACAAGAAAUAAGUGAAGGUCCUAUUGUCAAAGACAAACCACUACAGAUAUCUAAAAUUAUUGACUGUGGUGAAAUAAAAGGAGAAAACUGGGGUAUUGAAGAAAAUGAUGGGACUGUCGACGUAUUUCCACCGUUUCCAGAAGAUUGGGAUUACGCUUCAAAAAUUAACGCAUCAGAUAUUGACUAUAAUUACGUACACGAUGUAAUUAAUAAAAUCAAAACAUCUGGUAACCAUUAUUAUGGUAAAAAAAAUUAUACUACAGCAGAAAGAAAGUACAAAAAAGCUCUCGGAUAUUAUAAUUGGCUUACUAAGAAUAAUAUUCCAGAAGAACUAAAAUCAAUUUUAUGCAGUAUACGUACAUCAAUAAUGUUGAAUCAAUCUGCAACGAAAUUGAAGCUGCUAAAAUAUCGUGAAGCUUUAGACCUUUGUAAUUUUGUAUUGUCUGAGGAUAAAACGAAUACUAAAGCUCUUUUUCGACGUAGUCAGGCAUAUAUUGGUUUGAAUGAUUACGAAACUGGUCUAGCUGACUUGAAACAAUUACAAUGUAUUGAUCCUGAUAAUCCUGAAAUUUCACGUGAAAUUGAUAAAGUCAAUAAAUCUAUCACAUCAUAUUUAAAUCAUGAAAAGCAGACGUUUAAACGUAUGUUUCGAUAAAAAAAAAAAAUUUCAUUUUAUACUUAAGAAUAAAUUCAGGGACAACAUACCGGUAUCAAUAUUUUAUAAAUAUUUAACAAAUCAAAAAAAAAAACUAUAUCAUUUUUAAGAAGAUUUUAAAGAUAAUUUUUUCCGCUAUGAGAAACUUUUUAUAUCUUUUAAGAAGUUGAAUUGUUACUUUUUUCAGCUAGAUUAUUUGAAAAAUCAAAUAAACCUUUGAUGCUCUGUACAAGCAAUUGUUUAGAAAUUAAUCUUGUUAAUGGAGAUUAUUUUAAUUAGAAAAAACAACAAAAAUUGCUUUUUAUUUCUUUAUUUCAAAAUACGAACUUAUUCAGUUUAUGAAAAGAUUUGUUUUCAUUUUAGUUUAUGGUUUUAAGCAUAUUCUAAUAAGUAUGUAUGGUGAUUAUAAUUAUGAAGAAAUCGUGGAAGAUUUUAUCCGUCUUAUUAUGAAUAAAUAAGCUAUUUUUUAUGUAUUUUACUCAGUAAUAAAUGUUAGAACUUUAUACAUUUUAUAUUUGAAAAAUAAUUUACUAAUAACUAAGUUUUUGUAAAAAAAAAAAAAAUAUGAGGAAGUACAAUAUUGCAACUAUAAGAUUUUCUAUAACAAAUAUGUAAAAAAAAAAAAAAAAAAAAAACCACUAAGUG